AUGAGUGGAAAGUUCACAAGACUGGUUUUGUUACCCGUUACUGGGUUCGCAUUAGGGUUCGGAUACUUCGUCAAGCCUUGGCAUCUCGACGAGGCAUCGCUCCAAACCUUGCACAGACCACUACACGACCAAAGAACAGACAUCCUCGACAAGCUUCGCCAGACAGAAUGGGUACGCAAACUAAAAGAAUCGUCCGCGUACGUCAUGCACAGACAAUCGGAAAAAGUACCUCCACCCCACAGAGAUUACCAUGUAGGCCAGGGAUUGCUCUACGGGCCCUCGAAGCUAGAAAUUGACCCAGUAGUCUUCUCAGACGACGAGAACCACAAGAUCCACGUCAUUUACCACUUGGGUCAAAACCUCAGCAACGAAAAGGGUGCAGUGCACAAGGGCGUGCUCGCCCUAUUGUUGGAUGAAGCAUUGUGCUACUGCGGCUUCCCCACCCUCCCUAGCAAGAGAGGCGUCACCGCAGCAUUGGACAUAUCGUUCGUGAAAGACGUGCCCGUCGACUCGACCAUUGUUCUCAACGCACAAGUCGUGGAGAACAAAGGCCGGAAAUGUAUCAUUAAGGGCACCCUAGAAUCUCCUCCGAUCGAUUCUACCACGACCCUGGGUUCUAUGAAAUACUGGAUCGCUAAAAGCGUUCCAAAGUGGGCGUACAACCCACAGCCAACUAUUUAUGCGACAGCUACGUGCAUCUUGGUCGAACCAAAGUGGUUCAAGUACGUCUCGUGGAUUAACAUAUUCUGA